GCACACUGACCCUCUCUGUCCGAGACCGCGAGGUGGACAGCUCCCUUCACGCAACGGAUACGGUGAAGCACUACCGCGUGAAGCACAUUGACGGCGGCGGCUUCUACAUCACCACCAAACGCGGUUUUCCCACCCUGCGCGACCUGGUUGAACACUACUCAGCCGACGCCAAUGGUCUCUGUUGUCGCCUCACCCGGCCCUGUCCUCGUCCUCCGCCCCUCACUACUGACCUCUCGGUGCAAACGAAGGACCAUUGGGAGGUGCCUCGGAAGUCGAUAUCAUUUGUGGAACAGCUUGGCUCCGGCCAGUUUGGCGAAGUCUGGAAAGGUUUGUCUGCCAGUUUCAAUACUUAUAAUAUAUUUAUUAAUAAGCGCACUUCUUUAGGAACAGCAUAA